AUGGCCAAACUUUCAAGGAAUAUGGCCCUGUGGUUUUGGCUACUGGUGGUUAUGCAGCUGAUUUCACGGAGGACUCUUUACUUAAAAAGUACCGUCCAGAUAUAUACCAUUUACCCACUACCAACGGUGAUCAUUCUACAGGUGAUGGUCACAAAAUGAUUAUGUCCAUUGGAGGAAAGGCUACUCAUAUGGAAAAAGUUCAAGUCCAUCCAACAGGGUUGGUUGACCCGAAGGAACCUGAUGCAAAAAUCAAAUUUUUGGCCGCUGAAGCGCUUCGGGGUGUUGGUGGAUUGUUAUUAAAUGGUGAAGGAAAACGAUUCUGUGAUGAAUUAGGUCAUCGUGAUUACGUUACUGGCGAAAUUUGGAAAACCAAAGGACCUAUCCGUCUCGUUCUUAAUAGCAAAGCUUCAAAAGAAAUCGAAUGGCAUUGUAAGCAUUAUGUUGGUCGUGGUUUAAUGAGAAAAUUUUCUGGUGAAGCGUUGGCAAAGGAAAUCGGUAUUCCCGUACACCAGCUAGAAGCAACAUUUAAUGAAUAUAAUGAGAUUGCUUCCAAUAGGAAAAAAGAUCCUUAUGGCAAGAAAUUUUUCCAUAACACUCCAAUCUCGAUAAAUGAUCAAUUUCAUGGUGGAGUCGACAUAAAUGCAGAUUCUGAAGUCAGAAGUGAGGAAGGAAAAGUUAUUCCGGGACUAUAUGCCUCUGGGGAAUUAGCUGGUGGUGUUCAUG